AAAUACUUAAAAGCCCUUCGUAAAUGAGAUUUGUUUUUAGCAUUUACUUUAAAAAGCGGCAUUGUAGACUAGGAAAAUAAGUUUUGGACAUAUUUCGGAGAAAAUCGAUUUUCCUGCAGCGUACGUCCAUCCGCGUAUACGUAUGUGUGCCCUAAUUUGGUAUUCAGAUAAGUGUCGAAAUAAAUUGGUGAUAAGUGCUUAUUUUGCUAUCUAGCUAACGUGCUAAUAUUAAUGUCGUGGCGUUUAGCUUUUGUAUGGUCCAGUUAAUUGCAUCAACAUCUAUAUCACAGGAAAAUACUGUCCUUACGAAAUCAAAACACCUAAAGUAUUUUACAAUAUUCAACGUUUUCAAGGACUUUCAUGACGUAAACUAGAAUUGCACAUCUGAAUUUAAACGAGAAUUUGCUGCCAUGCCGGUGCACCGCGAUCGGGAGAAGAAGGAGAAUACAGCAGAGGAGAUGGAGGUGGAGGAGCAUGAUCAGGAUGGGUCUAGCUCAGAGGAGGAAGAUUCAGACACUUCCUCAGUCUCAGAGGAUGGCGACAGCUCAGAAAUGGACGAGGAGGAUUGUGAGCGGAGAAGGAUGGAGUGUUUGGAUGAAAUGUCGAAUCUGGAGAAACAGUUCACCGAUCUUAAAGACCAGCUGUAUCGAGAACGCCUCACUCAGGUAAACAGCAAGCUUUCAGAGGUGGAGGCCGGCCGUGCAGCAGAAUAUUUGGAUCCUUUGGCAGUGUUGUUGGAAAACAUGCAGGUCCGCACCAAGGUGGCAGGCAUCUACAAGGAGUUGUGCUUGGAGUCUGUGAAGAAUAAGUAUGAGUGUGAGAUCCAGGCAGCGUGCCAACACUGGGAGAGUGAAAAGCUGCUACUGCUUGACACAGUUCAAAGUGAGCUGGAGGAGAAGAUCAGAAGACUGGAGGAAGACCGACACAGCAUCGAUAUAACAUCAGAGCUGUGGAAUGACGAGUUAUCAGGGAGGAAGAAAAGAAGAGACGCUUUAAGUCCUGAUAAGAAGAGGAGACGGCCUUCAGUUGUCUCUGGCCCUUAUAUAGUUUACAUGCUUCCUGAUUUGGACAUUUUGGAGGACUGGACAGCUAUUAGAAAGGCUGUUGCCACCCUGGGCCCUCACAGAGGGAAGGUGGACUCCGACAACGCCAGCUUCCCAUUCAGAACGGACAGAAACCGACCUAUUCUCAACUGUUGAGACAGAAGCAACUCCACAGAUGUGAUCCCGGACACAUGCGCAACACAACCUUUUGUACCAACACAAAACACACGCACAAAAAAUCAUCAAUCAGCUAGCGCACAUGUGAGAACCAUGUGAGUAAGCUGGAAGACACCAGUUGCAGACUGACUCGCUUCAAAGAAAAACAUAGUUUCUAUUAGGGCCCAAAACAGGACAGCAAAUUAUUGGUUUCAUUGCAAAAUAUGAGAACACAAACAAGAUUCUCACUGAGCGUAUUCUUCCUAAAUGUAAUCAUGUUUAAUAAUCCUAUUGAAAUGUACAUGUUUCCAUGAGAAUUUCAACAGUUAGCUCAAUGUGACUCACUCUGCUCAGGUCAGCUCAGCACCUUUUCCCUGUUUAUUUUUUUGUCACAUGAUUCCAAAGAAGUGGAAUAUUUUACAAUUUGCCUCAGCAUUUUGCUCAUCAGCAUCUUUUUGAACAGUGACAUUUAUCCUCAAAGCAGCUGCUCAUGUGAUGCAGGGAAUGGUUUCAGGGAUGCUUUGCUUUUGUUUGUUUUUUAUAACAAGCAUCUGGUUUGUCAUGAUGUCUGUAUUUCAAGUUACAAAACAGUUCUUGGAUUUAAUUAAGCGUCUGCUCCGAAAAAAGAAAGAAAAAAAAACAUAUGCUGGGCUAAGAAAAUGUGUAAUUUCUUUUAUUUUUGAGGGGGGGGCACAUUCAUGUUGUAAUUCUCCAAUUUUCCCCUCCAAUCACAAACUCAUUACAUACAUUUGAUAGUCCUUGCAAAUGUAAAGUUGAUUUUAUGCACUAAAUUAGUCUGAUUUAUUCUGCUUAAAUCCUUUUAAUGCCAAUUUAUGUAUUGCUUUUCCGGCUGACCUACGACGUCACACCAAAACAAGGCAUUUUGGUGUACCGAAUGUGCGCUGUAAAAUUGGGACAGAUUACAUUAUUUAUGUCUCGAUUGGCUAUGCUGAUGUCAACUAGCAGACAACAUCAAUAAAUCAUCUGAGCUUGUGCCACUAA